AGCUCAGGUAUUCCUUGUUUCUUUUCUCUUUAUAGUCAAGCAUACCCCUUUGUGUCUUUGGCUCAUGACACUUUCAAACUUAGCUUCGGCCCUUUAAAAUUACUUGUGUGUGUGUGUAAAGUCUCUAUCUUUUUAAAGGUUUGAGGAGGUGUUGCUUGUCUAGAUCUGCGUUUUUCACCAGGGAACAGAAAGAGGAAAGAUGAAUAACUACUACGGGUACCGUUACCAGAAGAACACCUGGGAGGAGAUGAGGAUGGAAUCAGUGAUUUGCCCCAAACCUCGCCGUUUGGGUCUCCCAAACCACUCUUCCAUCAACAGUCAUAUCAGACCCUUGAGGCAUCCCAUAAGCUGUCAAUCUGAGGUGGAAGAUUCAGGAGUUGGGGCAGAGCUUAUGGACAUCAUCCUCUCCAAGGAAAGCUGCUAUUCGGAGGGCCAAGUGGUAGCAUCACCGCCACCAUUUUUCUGUGGAUCUCCACCUAGCAGGGCUUCAAACCCUUUAAUCCAAGAUGAGCAAUUUGGUAAUGGGAAUUUUAGUCCAUUUACCGAGGCAUCCUCUUCAGGUCGAGGUUGUGUUCCAAUGAAAUUUGGCCACACACCAGCUGCAGUGAGGAUCGAAGGUUUUGACUGUCUUAGCCGUGAUAGGAACAGUUGCAACAGCAUCUCUGCUGUAGCAUAAUCCAUUUUUCAAAAUAAAAAUGAAAAGAAAAAGAGAACUAAUACAGGAAGCAGAAAAAAAGAAGGUAGAGAGGACUACAAGUCAACCAAGUUCAAAUAGCAAAAGGAGACUUGUUUUUUUUUUUAUUUGGGAAAGAGGACUAAUCAUGUUGAAAGAGUACUGGUAUGUGUAUAUAAGUGGUCUUUGUUUUUCAUGAGUGUGGUGUCAUGUACAAUUUAAGAUGGGAAGGACUUUUUUUAGGUUUUUCCUUUGAAUCAAUAAAAGAGGACAAGUCAAGGAAAACUGGGGAAGUAAAACUUUCUUCUUUUGUCUUGUUUUGAUCGUGGAGAAUCUAUAACCGUCAUGUGUAUGUCACAAAGAUCCUCCCUUUGUAAUUGUAAUUUGGAGGAACUUGUGGUUAGAUCUUUGGAAUUUUGUAUCUUUUUAUGUUAUUUUAUUAGUUUUUGUUGAUGCCCAUUUUGGAGGUGUUGCCUAUAGAUGACAUUAUGAUGAUCUCGAAGGGAAGUUGCGUAUGCAACGCAAUCCACCGAUUAGAAAGGCGAGGAUGUUUGAUUGUUAUUUUUAUAGUAGAGCACAUCCAUGAUUGUGUUCUUUAAAAAGAAAGACACGAGGAAAAUAAUUAUUGGUUUAGGAGGCUCUUAGGAAGCAACAAUGCGCAAUUCAUGGUCAGAUUUGGGCGGUUUAUCUUGUGUUUUAAUCAUUGUAUCCUUGAUUGAUUUGUUGGAAGACAGAGAUUUAGUAUGUGUUGAUGUGAAAGGGUGUUGUGGAGUGGUGUAAAAGAUGAGAUGAGUAGUCAGCUAUUCCGAUAUGCAUGUGAAAGGGAGUGCUGCUAACGAUUUUUAUAUAGGUAAGUGGGGGAUC